AUGUUCUCUGUCCCGAAACCGCUCCCGCCAGCUGGAGGCGACGCCGCUGCCGUCUCUCGCCAUCUCUCCCCGACCGCGACGACGCCCUACCCGACACACCAGACCAUCACCACUCCCGAGUCCUCGAGGGCCAUCGGCGACUGGGGUUUCAAGCGUGCCCUUCCCGUACACAAGACGAUCAAGUCGUCAACGCCCGCCGUUCGUAUCAGGCAGAUCGACUCCAUCGAGAAGGUCACCGACUACAGAUCCGCCUCCGACCACACCAUCACACUCCAAAAGUUCCAGGAGAUGAAUCUGCCUCUUUCACUACCGGCGACGAACCGAGCUCGUGUGGGUGGCCUCAACAACGCUCCCAAGUCCGUCUUCGAGGACGAGGGCGACUUUACCACGCUGGAGCCUGGCCGUCCCGAGGAAAACAGGUGGAAGUUCAAGGGUCCCUGGCUGGCCGGCUUGACCAAGGGCCAAUUCGACAAGUACAUGCGCAAGAACGUCCGCAGCAAGCGCGAGGAGUUCCGUUCUUUCCUGAAGAAACGUAAUGCUGAACAGAUGAAUGCGGCGGCACUUCAAAAGGCUCUGGACCAGGGCCACGAGCCGCCGACGCCGUUGACGGCCGAGGACAUCACCGACGAGCAGCUCAUCGAGUACCAACGUAGGCUGCGCUCCGACCGCGUGACCUUGUUCUCCUUGGUCAGCGAGUUCCUCGACCUCGCCCCUCUUCAACCUCCCUCCUUCUUCAAGGACCGCAUUGAUACAGCGAAGCGCCCUAGCGUGUACGCUGAGAACGGCCCACCAAUGUCCCACCCAUCCGCCGGCAUUUCAUACCUCCGCACCGCCGCCUUCGCCGAGAACCACCCCGUCUACGGCCCCCAGGCGCAUCAGACUCCCGUCCUGGCGCGUAUUGUUCAACCGAGAAGCACCCAGCAGACCGCAAAGCUCGGUGUUGGUGGCUUCAUCACCGAAGUACCCCUGGGCGACACCGCUUUCAACGCAAGAGCCUUCGCGGGUGGCAAGACCACGAUUCCCGGCAUUCAAUCGUUCGACCCUGAUAUUGAGGGCGGUGCCAAGUCCUUCGUGCAGCCCCAAUAUGCUCGCGUCGACUCUUCUGGCUCCAUCCAGAUCACCGUUGGCGAGGCUGAUACGGAGGCGCAGCUCAUUUACAAGGAGCUGGUCGGCAAGGCUGAUAUUUACAACUCUGGUGCUUCGAGAUCUGAGGCGAAGCGGAGCAACAUGACGCCUCUUGCCCAAGUGCAGAGCAGGAAGAGUUUUCGCAGCCCCUACAGAAAUGCCGAAGGAAACAAAGUCGUUGGGGAUCGUCAACCUGCCAGGAACAAGCGCCCUUCAGAAAGCUCCCAAGGCUAUGGCCUCGACCUGUCGUAG